AAACUACUCUGUCCUCUUUCUACUCGUCCUUACACAAUCAACUCUCCUCAUUUUCCUCAUUUCCACCUUCAACCUAAUCACACUACAACAAAAUAAUGGCCGCCGUUUCUUCACUAGCUCCGUCGUCACCGGUAGCUCCUCAACCAUCACCAUGGCACUCACCAGUACCCUAUCUCUUCGGCGGCCUUGCUGCCAUGAUGGGUCUCAUUGCUUUUGCUCUCUUGGUUCUCGCAUGCUCUUACUGGAAGCUCUCCGACCACCUUGAAAACGGCGACAGGGACAUUGAAUCCGGAGAUGGAAACACGGAUGCCACCACUCCUCCUGAAAAUAACACCAACCAAGAGGCGUCUGAUAUGCAAGAGAAGUAUUUCGUAAUCAUGGCCGGAGAAGCUAAGCCUACGUUUUUAGCCACACCGAGUUCUAGCAGAACCACCUCGUUUGGUAGUAGCAGUUGGCGGAGCAAUUCAACGGCGUUAACGGAGGGAUCAUCAUCUUCGGUAGUGGAGAUGUCGGUGGAGGUGAAACAUAUCAGCAGCGUGGAGAACAACUAGUCUUCUGCUGAUCACUUCUGUUAAUAUUGUUGAAUAUAAAAUUUUGUUGUAGUGAUUGUGGGUUGAAUGGUAGGUCCAGUAGUUUGUUCAUCGUUUUGUUCAGAAAUGCACAUACAAAUUUGUGACA